AAUGUGACUGUUGGUUGGAACCCUCCUUCUGAGACUGGUGGUAGAGAUGACCUCACCUACACAGUGACCAUCUCAACUCCGGCCCAGCUCUCUGCUACUGUCCUCACAUCCACCUCUGUCACUGUGACUGCUCAAUACAAUGUGGACUACACUGUCAGUGUUGUGGCUACCAACUGUGCUGGGAAUAGUACAACUGUUGAGUACAACUUCAGGAUUGGUGGCUGUCCUGUGCUGACAAACCCCACAAAUGGAAUGGUUGGACCAGUUUCCAGCAGAUUGCCAGGAUCAACAGUAACCAUCCAGUGUGAUGCAGGGUAUGUGUCUCCCGUGAUGAUGGUGACAUGUGAUGACAGUACACUGAUGUGGAGCCCAAACGCUGAAACUAUCGAGUGUGGUCCAUUGAAACUAACCCAGGCUCCUCCAACAACUGAUCUAGCUCUUCUAAUGAACUGUACAGCUCCAUCUCUCGCUCUAUUUACUGGCACUGACCUUGGCAUUGCUGUUUCCAUUAGUGUGGUUUUCACUGCAGUUCUGUUCACAAUCAUUGGAUUCCUCGCUCGGCUCCUAGUGACCCAUUUUUGCCAUCGUAAGAAAGCAAUGUACUCCCCGGCAGCUGAUGGACAAGCUAACACAAGAUCCACUGCACCAGUUGGUCCUGUUUAUGAGGAGGUGUCACCCAAAGAGGAGAUUGAACUAAACACUAACCAUGCGUAUGGACCAGUAGGAUUGUGAAACUUAUUUGCUCUUUUUAUUAGCAAUAAUUUAACAGCAUCCCACAAUUAAGUGACAAUCAUUACAUUAUCAGGCCUCCCUUUAUGUUU